GUAUAAUUUAUUUAUUUCUAUGUCUAUGAAAAUCACUAUAUGCAUAGUAAAAUAUCACUAGUUCCCUUCCCGUACUUGACAGCUUGGUAUUUUUCACAUUCAAUCGUUGGUCACUCUGAGAAUUACUUUUCACAACAAACAGUGACAGGAAUAAUAACAGUUGCAUAUUGUGUAUAUAAAAGAUUAUUCGAAUUUUUAAUUUUAUGUCGAUUAUUAUACAUUAUGUUAUGCAAGUGUAUGACAUAAAUAAGUAAGUCAUUAAGUAAUAAAUAAAUCGAUAUGAAUUCGAAGAAGAUCAUAACCUUCGGCAAGAUAAGCACCAGUUUGGAGAAGAAACCGGCGGCCGAGGAUACCGUCGAGGCCUCCAGCUCCGGAUUCGGCACGUUCGGCAAGAAACGCGAGGAGAACAAUGUGAAGAAGAUGGAGGAGAUCAGGCCGGAGGACGAGGAGGAGACCCAGAAUAUGCAGGCAACGAUGGGGAUCACGGGCUUCGGUAAGAAAGCCAAGUGGUUCGAUGUGCAGGAGAUGCUGGAGAACAUCAGCAAGACCGUCAGUAGGAAUAAACCAGCUGCCCCUGUGACGGACAAGUCUUCUGACGAAGAAAGCACCGAGACAAAGAAGAGUGAGAAUCAAGAGAGCGAUGAUGAGGAUGAUGAUGAUUUCAUCGGCCCUUUACCGCCUUCGUUGUCCGCUAAUUCGAAUGUGGAAAAAAAGAAGAAUGUAGAAAAGAAAAAGGACGACGACGACGAAGACGAAGACGAGGAUGACGACGACGACGAUGAUGAAGACGAGGACGAGGAAGAAGUAACACUGGCGGAGAAGAUCCCCUGUACUCAUGAGGUCUCGAUGACUCAUGGCACCAAAGCAGUUAUCGCCAUUGCUGCAGACCCAUCUGGAGCUCGAUUAGCAUCCGGUUCAGUUGAUUAUGACGUCUGUUUCUGGGAUUUUGCUGGUAUGGAUACAUCCAUGAAGAGUUUUAGGACCUUGCAGCCUUGUGAGAAUCAUCCUAUCAAAUGUUUGCAGUAUUCCACUACUGGAGAUGUGAUACUGGUGAUAUCAGGAUCAGCACAGGCAAAAGUUUUGGACCGAGAUGGCUUUGAGAAGUGUGAGACUGUGAAGGGAGAUCAGUAUAUCACAGACAUGGCACGUACAAAGGGUCAUACCGCCAGUCUGAACAGUGGCUGCUGGCAUCCAUUUACCAAAGAGGAGUAUAUGACCUGUUCGCAGGACAGUACAUGCAGAAUAUGGAUUCUGUAUAGGCCACGUGGACACAAGAGUCUGAUAAAAUGCAGAGCACAGAAUGGAGUGAAGACCAUACCUACCACAUGUGCUUACAGUCGAGAAGGUGCAGCUGUUGCUUGUGGAUGUAUAGAUGGCUCGAUUCAGAUGUGGGAUCACAGAAAGAAUUUUGUGAAUCCGUCCCUUUUGUUGAGAGACGCUCACGCACAGGGUAACGAGAUCUCGAGUUUGAGCUUCUCGUAUCUUGGACAGAUGUUGGCGAGUAGAGCUUGCGACGACAGUUUAAAACUGUGGGACUUACGAGCGUUCAAGUCACCAAUCUUUGAAGCGCAGGGAUUAUUUUCACGUUAUGAUACAACGGAUUGCAUGUUCAGUCCAGAUGACUCGAUGAUUGUUACUGGAGAAUCAUUAAACAAGGGACAAACAACCGGCAGACUGCUAUUCUACGACAGUAAGACGUUUGACAUAGUAAGAGAAAUCCCUGUGACGAACUCGCACGUGAUCAAAACGUUGUGGCAUCCAAAAUUGAAUCAGGUGUUUGUUGGCUGUGGCAAUGGCAUUGUCAAGGUGUAUUACGAUCCCAAGAAGAGCAUGAGAGGCGCCAAAUUGUGUGUCAUCAAGACUCACAUGAAACAGAAACACAUUGAGAUAAUGUCCACUCAACAGAUUAUAACACCUCAUGCUCUUCCUCUAUUCCGCCAGGAUAGACCAAAGUCAGUUCGCAAGCAGAUGGAAAAGGAUAGGCUGGAUCCAGUCAAAUCGAGGCGUCCUGAUCUACCAAUUACUUCCGGACAGGGUGGCAGAGUAGCAUCUUCCGGAGGAACGCUCAGCUCUUAUGUCAUACGCAAUCUUGGACUGAGCAAACGAAUAGAGGAUGAUCAAGACCCUAGAGAGGCUAUUCUGAAAUAUGCGAAAAUAGCUGAGGAGGAACCAUAUUGGAUUGCACCUGCGUACAAGAAAACACAGCCAAAAACAAUUUUUCAGGCUGACGAUCCUGACAGUGGACCGAGCAAUAAAAGACAAAAGACAUAAACUUAUAUUUAUAUAUAUAUAUAUUGUUUAAUUUGCAGUUAUAUUUAGCAAUUUAAAUAUGUACAGCACUUAUAUAUAAAUUAAUUAAACAAAGAUCUAAUUUUAAUUGUAUUAUAAAAGUUAUAUACAUCUUGUUAGUAUUUAAUACAUGUUACAUUCAAUAUUUUUUAAUA